CUGUUUGGCUUGCCCCACGGCCGACUCUAUUCUCUCUCUCUUAAUUCAGUUUCUUAUUCUGUUUAUCGAUUUCAAAAAAUGGAUCGCAAUGUUCUCCUUACAGUCACAUUGAUCUGCAUUGUCGUUGCCGGAGUCGGCGGCCAGUCUCCGGCAGCUUCUCCGAUCAACUCUCCCCUGGCUCCGACCACUUCCCCCGCGAAAUCUCCCGAGAAGCCAAAAUCUCCAGCUCCCGCCACUUCUCCCGUCUCUCCGUCACCGGUUUCCACUCCUGCGGAGGCUCCGGCGACCGCUACGCCGGUCGAGGCUCCCAAAUCUCCGGCUCCUGUCAGCUCUCCUCCGGCUCCCGCGAGCUCUCCGCCGGCUCCGUCGCCGAAGGCGGAAGAGCCUUCGGCUCCGGUGGUGGCUCCGAGUGCUGAUGUUCCAGCACCGGCUCCGAGCAAGCAGAAGACGAAGAGCAAGAAAAAACACGGGAGCGCUCCGGCUCCGGCGCCGGAGAUUUUCGGACCGCCUGCGCCGCCGAUGGAGGCUCCCGGCCCAAGCCUCGACGCUUCAUCUCCCGGUCCCUCCACUUCCGCCGACGAUCAGAGCGGAGCAGAGAGCACAUGGGCGCGGCGGCACGUGAUAGGAGCUGCGGCGGCGGCUGUUUUCGCUUUGGCCCUCUAGACAUAAUUUUUUUUCAGCCCCUUAAUUUUUAAAUUUAUCUUCUUUGACCCUAUCUUGGUGUUCUUCUUCGGUUCCGCUCACAUUUGGUAUAUGAGUAAAUUAAAUUUCAUACGAUUUGGUUUUUUUUCCUUGUUUUAUUUUUUUUGUACGACCAGUUCUCUUAUGUAUGAAAAUAAUAUUUUCUUCA